AUGCCGGUGGCCAGGGCAGGUCUUGGACGGCCACUGCCGGACUCCGAGCUCCAGCUUCAAGCUGCCGGCUGGCUUCUCUCCGCCACCGGCCCCAGCCCCACGUGCCAGUUUCCGCUCGCUCUGUGCCUCAGUGGGCCGGCAGUCCUUGGCAACCUCCUGGCUCCUCCGGGUCACUCAGCCGAGGUCUGGCGACUCCUGAGCACUCGGCUCCUCCCCCACAACCUGAAGCCAAGAAUCCGAUUGUCUCAGGCCUCGCUCCGGCCCAGCCCCCCACUGGAGCCGUAUCUCAGGACAGCCAAUCAGGGGCUGCCCUGGGCCGGAGCGGACACGAAAGGGGGCGACAGCCCCGCAGCCCCCGAGGACCCCCGGCGCCCCGAGCGCCCCGCAGCCCCCGAGGACCCCCGGCGCCCCGAGCGCCCCGCAGCCCCCGAGGACCCCCGGCGCCCCGCGCUCCCGCAGCUGCCGCGCCGCCCGCAGCCCCUGGAGGACGACGGAGGCCGCGGCGAGGACGGAGCGGCGGCGGCGGCCGCGGAGGGCAGCGCGCUCGGCCCCCCGGAGCCCCCGGCCCAGGCGCAGGCGGAGCGCGAGGCGGCGCCGGGGCCCAAGGCGGCGGCCGGCGGGCUGCCGGUCCUCGGCUUCGGGGGCGAGCCCCCGCCCUACGCGCCGCCCGACCCCAAGGCCGUGGCCCUGCUCUGCCCGCCCUUCCCGCAGGUGCCCGCGCUCUUCCCGCCCGCGCCCGCGGCCCUGUACCCGCCGCCCGGCCCGCUGUACCCGCCCGCCGCCGCCUUCCCCUUCCCCGCGUACAACAGCCCCGCGGCUGGCACACCAGCCCCCACCGUGGAGCACAGGCAGCCGCCCAAGGACUACAUGAUGGAGUCAGUGCUGGUGACCCUCUUCUGCUGCCUGCUCACCGGGCUGGUCGCCGUCGUCUACUCCCACGAGACCCGUGCAGCCCUGGGCAGGGGCGACCUGGCACAGGCCGAGGAGGCAUCGCGGAAGGCCCGCUCACUUGUGCUCUUCAGCCUGCUCUUUGGGAUCUUCAUGUCCACCAGCUGGGUCAUCUAUGUGGUGGUGGCCCUCUACCUCCCCUGA